AUUGUCUCAUUACUUGCAUUACUAAACACUAGUGUUUGUCUGACUCACUGCUGCUGUCUAUAAUCAUUUGAUUCAGUGGAUUUAAUGACAGAUUUUUUGAUGAUAGCAUGACUUUCAGAAUGAGUCUCUCUGAAGACACAAAGACAGAUGAGAGUCUGUCAGUUUUACCUGAACACAGCAAUGUGAGAAAACAAUCAAUGGAUCGUUUACAUCUCUGUAUGGAGGAAAACUCUUCUACUGAGCACAGUCUUUGUCUGAACGAAUCUCCUGAACCCAGCUGGAUAUCUAUGAAGAGUGAUGAUUCAAUGGAUCAGCCAAUAAAAUUCAGUUUGGGAGACUCCUCCACUGAUCUGAGAAAAACACCUGAUGAAUCAGAAUCAAAUAUUGGAAAAAACUUGGACUCCAUUUUCAAGGAAGUUGAGUACAAAAUCAUCUCUGUAAUGAAGAAUGAGUUAAACAGUUUGAAGAGAAUGUUAAAUCCAGAUUACCCAGAAUCUUCUGAGAGGAAGGAGGAGGAUGAUGAUAAGAGUCAUAGCAGAUUUAGAGAGGCGUUUCUGAAGAUCACACUGCACAUCCUGAGGAAGAUGAAGCAGACAGACCUCGCAAACACACUACAGACCAAACUGAUGCCCACAUAUCAACAAAAGCUCAAAUCCAGACUAAAGGAGAAGUUUCAGAAAAUUAAUGAAGGUAUAUCCAGUCAUGGAGACUCGACACAUUUGAAUAAGAUCUACACAGAACUUUACAUCACAGAGGGAGGGAGUGGAGAGGUCAAUACUGAACAUGAAGUGAGACAGAUUGAGACAUCAUCCAGGAGACCAGAGACAGAGGAGAGACCAAUCAAAUGCACUAAUAUAUUUAAAGCGUUACCUGCAGACAAAGCCAUCAGAACUGUGCUGACUAAAGGAGUUGCUGGAAUUGGAAAAACAGUCUCUGUACAGAAGUUCAUUCUGGACUGGAGUGACGGCAAAGAAAAUCAGGACGUUCAUUUUGUAUUUCCAUUUACUUUCAGAGAGCUGAAUUUGAUUGAAAAAAAUCUCAGUCUUAUGGAAAUCGUGAAUCACUUUUACAUAGAAACAAAACAACUAAAAUCAAGAGAUUAUGAUGACUACAAAGUCAUGUUUAUAUUUGAUGGUCUGGACGAGUGUCGACUACAUCUGAAUUUCCACAACAAUCCGACUUUAUCUGAUGUAACCCAAUCAACCUCAGUGGAUGUUCUGCUGACAAACCUCAUCAAGGGGAAUCUACUUCCUUCUGCUCUGAUCUGGAUAACCUCACGACCAGCAGCAGCCAAUCAGAUCCCUCCCGAAUGUAUCGACCAAGUCACAGAGGUACGAGGAUUCAACGAUCCUCAGAAGGAAGAAUAUUUUCGAAAAAGAAUAUGUGAUCAGAUCCUGUCUGAAAGAAUCAUCACACACAUCCGAUUAUCAAGAAGUCUGUACAUCAUGUGUCACAUCCCGGUCUUCUGCUGGAUUUCAGCCACUGUUCUAGAGCGAAUGUUGAGCGAAGCAGAGAAUAAAGCAGAGAUCCCCAAGACUCUCACUCAAAUGUUCACACACUUCCUGAUCUAUCAGACCAAACUGAAGAGUCAGAAGUAUGAUGGGAAACCAGAAAUAGAUCGUGAUCAGGCUAGAAAGAGCAUUUUUGCACUAGGAAAGCUGGCUUAUGAGCAGUUAGAGAAAGGGAACCUGAUCUUCUAUGAGGAGGACCUAAAAGAGUGUGGCAUUGAUGUGAAAGAAAUGUCAGUGUAUUCCGGAGUUUGUACUCAGGUCUUCAGGGAGGAGCAUGGAAUUCACCUGGGGAAAGUGUUCAGUUUUGUACAUCUGAGCAUUCAGGAGUUUCUGGCUGCUUUAUUUAAGAUUCUGUGCUUCUUUGAAACUUCGAAACAAACCUCAGGACUCUGGAAUAUGUCAAGGACAAAUUUGACAGAUUUACUGAAACAUGAAGUGGACAAGUCCUUACAGAGUGAGAACGGACACUGGGACCUUUUCCUCCGGUUCCUUCUGGGUCUCACACUGAAGUCUAAUCAGAUUCUCUUACAAGGCCUCCUGAAAAAGACAGUAAACAGCUUGCAAAGCAUUAAGGACACAACUGCUUACAUUAAAGAGAAGAUCAGGGAGAAUCAAUCUCCAGAGAAAUCCAUCAAUCUGUUUCACUGUCUGAAUGAACUGAACGAUCAGUCUCUAGUGCAGGACAUCCAGUCAUAUCUGACCAGAAGACGUGGGAGUCGUCUCCCUGGAGUUAAACUGUCUCCUGCUCAGUGGUCGGCUCUGGUGUUUGUGUUGCUGAACUCGGAAAAGGAGCUGGAUGAGUUUAAACUCAGUAAAUAUGAUCCAUCAGAAGAAUGUCUUCUGAGACUGCUGCCAGUGGUCAAAGCAUCCAAAAAAGCUGACCUCUCCAGUUGUGAUAUUACAAACAAAGGUUGUGCUACUCUGGCUUCAGUUCUGAGAUCAAACCCCUCACACCUAACAGAACUCAAUCUGUCUGUGAAUAAUCUUGGAGAUUCGGGAGUAAAGCUGCUCUCUAGUGCACUGGAGGAGUCACACUGUAAACUAGAGAAAUUACAGCUUUUCAGCUGUGGUAUUACAGAUGAAGGUUGUGGUGCUCUGGCUUCAGCUCUGAGAUCAAACCCCUCACAUCUAAGGGAACUUGAUCUAUCCAAGAAUACACCAGGAGAUUCAGGAGUGAAUCUGCUCUGUAAUCUACUGAAGAACCCUCUCUGUAAACUGGAGAAACUAGAUCUGGGCUACUGCAGUAUUACAGAUAAAGGUUGUGCUGCUCUGGCUUCAGCUUUAAGAUCAAACCCAUCACACCUAAGACAACUGAAUCUGAACUAUAAUAAACUAGGAGAUUCAGGGGUGAAGCUGAUCUCUGCUGGACUGGAGAAUCCUCACUGUAAACUAGAGAAACUAGAUCUGGAGUUCUGCAGUAUUAAAGAUGAAGGUUGUGCUGCUCUGACUUCAGCUCUGAGAUCAAACCCAUCACACCUGAGACAACUGAAUUUGUCUGAUAAUAAACUAAGAGAUUCAGGGGUGAAGCUAAUCUCUGAUGUACUGAAGAAUCCUAACUGUAAACUGGAGAAAUUACAGCUUUACAGCUGUGGUAUUACAGAUGAAGGUUGUGUUGCUUUGGCUACAGCUCUGAGAUCAAACCCCUCACAUCUGACAGACCUGAAUCUCAGCUUUAAUAAAUUAGGAGAUUCAGAGGUAAAGCUGCUUUCUGCUCUACAAAGGGAUCCAAAAUGUACACUGGAGACAUUAAGGAUUUGACAAACAACAGUCAGAUACUCAUGGUGGAAACUCUGAAAACUGGUUAAUCAAAACAACUGCUGCAUGUCCUGAACACAGACUGUAAAAAAUUGUACAUAGACUUCCAUGAUGCCAAAAUAUCUCAACAAAAGCCGCUGACAUCUUGAGCCGAUGACGUCAUUUAAGCGAAGAGUCUGUACAGUAGUGAUCAUGAGGUGGAGCCACGGUAUCAAGGCCCCAUCCAUUUUUCCAUUAACUUAAUCACAAACACACAAAAUAAGUCAUAACACACUCUUUUAAUAGCUUCUAAGCAGGAUCACAGGAUUGUACGUUCAAAACAAAAUUUGGUUCAUUUAUAUUAAUUUAUUCAAGUGUAAAUAGCUUCCCUUGUUGGCAAAUGCUACAGCGCCGCCUACCAAUGUAUGACGUUUAAAAAAUCCACAUUUUUAGUGGCACAUGCAUUAGAUCGUUUUAUUUUAAAUAAAAAAUGUAGAAAAUGUUCGAAAUUUAAAACAUUAAGUACCUGUUUAUUAAGAAUGAAAGAAUUUACUGAGUAGGGUUAGGUGUGUAGGGAAAUAUUAGAUUCAGUUCAGUAUUACGUGUUUUUAAUUCUAUUCAAAAAAUAUUUCUGCAAACUCAAAAAACAAUUCAGUGCAAUUUAAUUGAAAAGAAUUAAAAUCUAUAAGAUUUAUUCCCUAUAUAGUGAAUGCUAAAUUGUCCACUAUAUAGGGAAGGAGUGAACGAAAAUAAGUGAGCAAUAGGCCUAUCGGACACUGAUGUACAGUAAAUACCAUGCUUCAAAGAGUACUGUCGCAAAGAUUCGUCAUAAACAUAAUGAUUAGCAUUAUGGAUUGUACUGUGAAAUGAUAAAGCUAAUUUUCUUACUGUUUGUCACAUUUGUCAUGGUUACUGUAUUAGUUGAUAAUAAAGAGGUCAAAAACAACUGCAAAUAAAUAAAAUAUAAAUAAAAUGUAUUCCUUUUAA